AUGGGCGAUCCAGGUGGCGGUGGUGGCUCGACUCCAGCAAAACCCAAGCGAGCUCUUACACAACAUCACAAACCUACACCGCUGCAGCGAGCAUAUGCUAGGCUUGGCGAAGCCGAAGUCAAGCGGCUGCAGAGCACGUUUCGCUCACUCGACUCGAAGUGGAAAGGGUCAGAGCACGACCAAGCCGAGGAAAGUCCUUAG